AGUUACACACUCGUAUGGGUUUCAGUCAAACGUUCCGUCUUUGUGGUAUUGUAUACACAUAUACGUGUUGGUAGUUGGUAGAAACCACACUGUACUACACAAGUAAUCAAGAUCAACGGUGUAAUCUUCUUGGAGCAAUCAUCAUUUUAAGCAGUGUCAGUCGUUUCUUCGUUCGAAGAACUUAAACGUUUCCUGAAAGAGCCUCUUUUUCAGUUAAAACAAAAACCAAAAGAUGGCAGAACAUUGGCAGAACACACCAGGUGCAGGAUUUUAUGCAGGGCAACAAGGUUAUCCUCAACAAAAUCCUGGGUAUCCACCUCAAGAAGGAUAUAAUCCUGCAUAUCCACCUCCUUACGGAGCAAAUCCACCACCUCCACCAGGUUUUGUUCCUUCAGGAGCACCUCCUUACGGGCAAGUUCCACCAACUGGGCCAAUAUUUGGCGCAGGACCACAAGCAGGCAUGUACGGGUCAAAUUAUGAGGAUCCUAUGCAAUCUGAUGUUAUCAAAGGAUUUGAAUUCAAUGAUAAAAGCAUUAGAAAUGGAUUCAUCAGGAAAGUGUACAGUAUAUUGAUGCUCCAAUUGUUAAUCACAGUAUCAAUGAUUGCACUUUUCCUUUAUCACAUACCUACUCAAAAAUUUGUGAGGAGUCAUACGGAAUUGUUUUGGAUUUCUUUUGCAGCAACUAUUGUCCUGAUUAUAUGUAUGGCUUGUUGUACCAGUGUGAGGCGAAAAGCCCCAAUGAAUUUUGUAUUUUUGUUCUUAUUCACUGUAGCAGAAAGUUUCUUGUUAGCUACUGCUGCUUCUACGUACAACUCUGAAGAAGUAUUAUUGGCCGUUGGAAUUACUGCAGCCGUUUGCCUUGCAUUAACAGUAUUCGCGUUCCAAACGAAAUUCGACUUCACUGGUUUGAAUAGCAUUUUGUUCAUUGCAAUGGUCGUUUUCCUACUUUUUGGAAUAAUUGCAAUGAUAUGGCAUGGAAAAAUUAUGACUUUAGUAUAUGCAUCGAUUGGAGCUCUUCUUUUCUCCUUUUACUUGAUUUACGACACUCAAAUGAUGAUAGGAGGAAAACACAAGUACACGAUUUCUCCAGAAGAGUACAUUUUCGCAGCACUGAACCUUUAUAUCGAUGUUGUUAACAUUUUCCUUUACAUUUUGACAAUUAUUGGUACUUCACGAGAUUAAAUAUUGUAAAAUAUAUUUUUUCGUCGCUGGAUUAAUCUUUAACGCAAAAUGCUUUUACUUAUCAUUGUUCUGUUUUGACUCUCUUUUUUUUUUGUACAUAGAGAGUACAUUACAGAAAAGCAAUGAAAGGCAUUAAAAGAAAAGAUAUUGGCUUAAAAGAAAAGAAGAGUAUUAAUUUCUAUGAGAUAAUAGCUUUUACACAAUUUUCAAUAUAUAGCCAACACAGAGAUUACAAAUUAUUUUAAAGUUCGACGUCUAGUCUUGUAAGUCAAGUAAUUCCUAUACUCGCUGGAGCAAAUGAGUCAAUCGUUAUAUAGUUGGAAAUAUAUACAUAUAAAUAGGGUUAUAAAAAACACAAAUACAUAAUUUACACAUUUAAUCAUAAUUUCUUGUUUCAUCUUCCCUAUU